AUGGACUUUCAGAAUCGAGCUGGUUCCAAGCCUGGUUCUGGCGGUGUUGCCGACUCUUCCCAGUUCAAUGUGGACCGUAGAGAACGACUUCGCAAGCUUGCUAGCGAAACCAUUGACCUAACAAAGGAUCCAUACUUUAUGAAAAACCACUUGGGUUCAUACGAAUGCAAACUAUGUCUUACUCUUCACACUAAUGAAGGUUCUUAUCUUGCACAUACUCAAGGCAAAAAGCAUCAAACCAAUCUUGCUCGUCGUGCAGCCAAGGAUGCCAGAGAACCCAAUAUGUUUCCAGCUAUUCGCAAGGUAGCCAUUAAGAUUGGUCGACCUGGAUACAAGGUUACCAAAGUACGAGAUCCAACCACAUACCAACUUGGAUUGCUUUUUCAGGUGCAUUAUCCCGAGAUUGGUAAGGAUAGCGGUAUUGAGAACUUAAAGCCUCGACAUCGGUUCAUGUCAGCAUAUGAGCAGCGAAUUGAGCCUCCGUUGAAGAAUUUCCAGUACUUGCUGAUUGCUGCCGAACCUUACGAGACCAUUGCAUUCAAGGUGCAAAGUUUGGAGGUAGAUCGGGGUGAAGGCCGAUUCUGGUCACAUUGGGAUCCAGAUGCUAAACAGUUCCACCUGCAGUUUUUUUUCAAAGGAGAUCGUGGAAGUGGGGCGACUGCGCUACCCGACGCACCAUCAAAAUAA